ACGGUCUUCAUUCAACUUGGGCUGUGCUGACCUGCUACUGAAACCAACUUUUUUGCUUCUGUUCAGUGACUCAAAGAAGAACUCAUCAUGGUGUCGAUGGGACGACAGAUGCUGGGCUUAAUCCUGGCCAUCAUUGGCUUCCUGGCGACCAUCAUUGUGUGUGCCUUGCCCAUGUGGAGGGUCACAGCCUUCAUUGGAGCCAACAUAGUCACAGCGCAGAUCAUAUGGGAAGGCUUGUGGAUGAACUGUGUGAUGCAGAGCACAGGCCAGAUGCAGUGCAAGAUCUAUGAUUCUUUGCUGGCUCUACCUCAGGACCUUCAAGCUGCCAGAGCUCUUGUGGUCGUUUCCAUCAUCGCUGCUGCCUUUGGUGUCAUCCUGGGCAUCGUGGGAGGCAAGUGCACCAACUUUAUUGAGGAUGAAAUUUCCAAAGUCAAGGUGGCCAUUGCUGCUGGAGUCGUCUUCAUCAUUGCCGGUGUUCUUGUCCUCGUCCCUGUCUGCUGGUCUGCCAACACCAUCAUCAGAGAUUUCUACAAUCCCCUUUUGACCGACCCUCAGAGGAGAGAGAUGGGGGCUUCGCUCUACAUCGGCUGGGGUGCAGCUGGGCUUCUCAUCCUGGGUGGUGGCCUCCUCUGUAGCUCCUGCCCUCCCAAAGACAGCCCAGAGUAUCCAGUCAAGUACUCUGGUGCCAGGUCGACAGCAACCAGCAAAGCCUACGUCUGAGAGAUCGAUUCUCUUGAGAAAGACUGCAAAUUAUUUUUCUUUUAUUAAGUGACACUCCUUUAUUAUGAGCUUCUUACUUGAUUGUGACAGCAAGAACUUAUUUUCUGGGAAAUUAAGAUUUCUUUGGUGGAGGCAAGAGAGAGCGUUUCUUGAGGAAAGAAAGACACAGUACAAAGAUGUGAUGUGAAACUACAGUCCUGGCAAGAAAAUCUUCAACAGCAACAGUAUAAUGACUGGACUGAAUGAGAGCUAUUCUAUAUAAAACUUGUAUCAAACCUAAUUUUCCUCUUUGCAAUAGAAGGAUAUUGCUAUGAUUGACAGAAACUUGUACUUUACCACUAAUACAUUGUGAAUUUAUUGUAUAAAAUAUUUUACAAAUAUCUGUAUUCGCAAAAUAACAAAAGACUGCUUUUGUUUACUGAAGUUAGUGAUUUUUAAUAACACAUUUAAUAAAUGAUAUUCUUAAUAAGAAUAA